UCAGUAUUUGGCAGGUUCGUCCCUGGAGGGUGUGUGUGUAUGUGUGUGUUAGACUCGCUAAGCAACGACCUGCGAACGGGCAUCCGAGCAAAAAAAAAAGGAGAAAAUCAGGAACCACAUUAUUUUCGAGUGUCUUUGCAAUGUUCCCGACGAUAUCGCUACACCGCCUGCUUUGAUCUCGUCGAAGUUGCCGUCUCUCCAGACGUCGGCUACACAGCAGAAAUAAGAAAUUAAUGCAUCUUGCUCCGCGUUCCUGUUUGUUUUGACCUGUGUAGCUACAAGGGAAUCCUGCAAGAGGGAUUAGCGGUCCGUCAAUGAGGAACUACCGGCUCAUCUUCUGCCACAACCUGAAGCAGCCAUAGAUGGUUCAGUGGUUCACUGGCCAGGGGAGGAGAGGAUAGGACACACUUUCACUGCUACACGACGUGAGGUCUUGGCGGGUUUGUGGUGAGGAGGAGGAGGAGGAGGCCAUGAGGAAGAGCGUGUCUCUGUUGCCAGGCAAUGAGGGCGGGAGCUCAGCCAGCACCACACGGGUAUUUGGCGUUCCAUUGGAGGAGGUGUCACGCACACACACAAUCAGUGGCCACGAGGUUCCUGCACUGGUGAAACACAUUGUCGACUACAUUGAGGAGCACGGUCAUCUGGACCUGGAGGGGCUCUUCCUGGUUAAUGGCAACGCAGAGCGUGUGGAUUGGCUGCGUCAGCGCUACGACAGCGGUGAGGAGGUGGAGCUAGAGAAGGAGGCUGACCUGGCAUCAGCAGUCAGUUUGCUCCGACUCUUCCUGCAGGAGCUUCCUGAGCCCGUUAUACCAACAGAGAUACAGGGGCACAUACUACAGCUACACCAAGAUUACAGCAAUGAAGAGGAACUGUGCAGAAACUUGAAGUACCUGCUGCAGCAGCUUCCUCAGCUGAACUACGGCCUGCUGCGUUUCCUGUGCCGCUUCCUGGCAAGUGUGGCAUCACUUCAGCAGGAGAGCUGGAACGUUGGGGCGCUGGCCGCCGUCUUCGGACCAGACAUCUUCCAUCUAUCAACAGAAGGAGAGGACCUUCGGGACCAGGAGUCUGUGAGCAGAGUCCUGGCAGAGCUGUUAGACAACCAGGAGGGCCUGUUUGACUCAGAGGACGAUGAUGUCUCCACUACCAACGACUACAGCUCCAUUAAUGAACAGAUCACAGAGCUGUUGGAUGAUGACAAGUGUGAGGCAGAAUGUGAAGAGCUGCCUCAGGACGGGGAGGAGGGUCCUGCCUCCUCCGACUCACCACAACACACCCACGCUGAUGACAGCCCUGCAGCCAGCUCCCACCUCUCCCCUAUAUCCAUCCUGCCUGCUGACUCUGCUGAGAUAAUUCAGCGAACCAUCAGGGCUGCAGUGGAGCAGCACUUCUUUGAGCUGAAAACCUCCAUCGACCAAGACCUCAGCAACUACGACAGCGAGGGGGUGAGUCCCAGUGAGCCUGCAGAUGAGGGUUGCCAAGGAGACGAUGAACAACAAACAGACCCUGAGGACAGUCCCUGUGACACAGAAGGGGAGACCCCACUCACGCAGACUGAGCAACACAUACAACAAAGCCAGACGGACACACAGACAGCAGGAGAGAGGAUUCACUUGACUCUGGCGCCACCCUGGAGGAGAGCCUUGGGAAUGGACCUGGAUGCAGAGGCUGUCAGAGAUGCUGAGAACAACAUCAACACUGCCAGGCAGGACAAUCAACUCUGUGACACUAUGGAGCAAACUGACAUUAGCUGUGACUCGGGUUCAUGCCGCUGUGAUCAGAACGCCAACACCAGCGAGACCAACAGGAACCACCUGUCUCCAUGCCAACCAAACUCUGGCCAUAACCUCCAGCUCUUCCCUGACAACCAGUGGGAAGCGUCCCCCCCCUCCCAUCUCCACCUCCCUCCCAUAGACUUCUCAUGUAUGCAUCUCCAAAAAGAAGGCCAAGACCCCGUCCCAGCUUACAAAUCCUGGCAGGAUGACAACGAGAGCGGAGAGGCGCAGCUCUCCCCGCUGGCUGGUCGCAUGGUUCCUCUCCCCCUGCUGCCCUUAGAGGAGGAUGGUGACGAUGAAGAGGGGGAGAGGGCUCAGGAUGUCUCCCCCUCCUCCUCCCGCUCCCACCCUCACCUUCUGGCUCGACGCUUCCUUGACUUUGGAGCGCACAGUGCCCAACGCUUCCUCCAGCAGGACCCAGACGCCACCUCACCCACCAAAGCACAGAGGCCGCGGCGAGCGUCGUUUGGCUCCAAGGAGGCGAUGAGAGGAGGAGAUUCAGUGACCCACCAACUCACCAAGAAACUACAACAUCUGAAGAAGAAAAUCAAACAGUUUGAGGAGCAGUUUGAAAAGGAGAGGAACUAUAAGCCCUCUCAUGGAGACAAGGCAGCUAACCCCAAAGUCCUCAAAUGGAUGACCGACCUCACCAAGAUCCGCAGGCAGAUUAAAGGACGCCAGCACCACCUUUUACCCAGAAGCACGCUGAGGCACCAGGCUUUGCUCCAUUCACACAGACGCCACCAUGCUCCCUCCUCCCCUUCCUCCUCAUCCUCCUCCUCCUCCUCCUCCUCCUCUAUCUGCUCACCUCCCCAUCACACACUCACCCCCCCACUCCACCCCUACUCAGGCCUGAGCUCUAGACCGUUUCACCUCAAUGCCAAACACCGCGCAGAGAGUGAGCUCGGCCCCCAGACUCGUCCUCGGAGCAACACCUUGCCCAAGAGCUUUGGCUCCACCCUGGAUCAAGGCGCCUACGAUGCAGCAGCGGAGGUCAAAGGUCCACGUCCCACCAGGGAGGAAACGCUGGAGCUCAUCCAGCGCAGGGUCAAAGGGAAGAGGCAGGAGGAUGGCUGGCCUGAUGACAUCAAGAAGAUGACAAAGGAGCAGUUGUCCUGCGAGAAGACAGUCCUGCAGAAGAACCUGCUGCACUAUGAAGGCCUGCAUGGUCGACCGGUGACCAGAGAGGAGCGUCUGGUGGUGAAGCCUCUCUAUGAUCGCUACAGACUGGUCAAACAGAUGCUCACCAGAGUCAGCAUCACACCUAUCACAGUGUCCCCCUCCAGUAAGAGGCGGAGUCAGACCCUCCAGCCAAUCAUAGAGGGUGAAACUGCCCAUUUCUGGGAGGAGAUCAAAGAGGAGGACGAGGACGAGCGGAAAACCGGCGGAGAAGAGGAAGACGAGAGGGAUGAGGAGAGGGACGAGGAGGAAGAAGAGGAGGAGGAGGAGGGAGAGAGCAGCGGUGGGGAGAUGCAGAGCUCCGAGGUCAUCAUGGCCGUCGACCUUGUGACCCAGACCGACAGGCAAGUGAGGAGCCAGAACCAGCCCGACAGGCAGAGCGACUGUCCAAUGAGAGCCAAGCUGGAGGAGGGAUCGGGGAGGCUAGCGCUGGACCUGCGACUCUCCAGCUCCAACGCCUCGUCCAUGCCAGAGCUGCUGGAACAGCUGUGGAAGGCCAGAGCAGAGAAGAAGAAACUGAGGAAGACCAUCAAAGAGUUUGAGGAAGAUUUCUAUCAGCAUAAUGGAAGAAAUGUUCAGAAGGAGGACCGGGUGCCGAUGCUAGAGGAGUACAGAGAGUACAAGAGGAUCAAGGCCAAACUCCGCCUCCUGGAAGUUCUCAUCAGUAAACAGGAUUCCUCCAAAUCCAUCUAGACCCGCCCUCCUCUGCUAUCAGCGCACACAUCAGCCGUCAUCACUGCUGCGAGGCCCCGCCCAGGAUGUCCAUCAGUCUGUCAGACAUCACCACACCUGGGGAGGGUUUAACAAACACUCCAGCCAACAACAGUAACCACAUCAGGACAAGUCGAGAUUCUCAGUCAGAAAUCAUCAUCACUGCUGCAGUCAUGUCAUGGAGAAAACAAAAUUUAGAAUGACUAGCUGGUUCAGAGUUACAGUAAACUUUGGAAAAUUGAACUUUGACAAUCUCAAAAUGCCAUCAUACUACUUUUGUGGUCACACUGGUCUUAGUUACAGGCCUUCCUGAAAGCAGGAAACUUUCCAGUAACAUACUGAGGGACUGAUCUGUACUUUGGCUGCAGGAACCAAGGUAAAGUUUUGGUUCUUGGGUCACUGUUUCUGCUUACAGAAAGUCCCUGAGUUUGUAGUUUCUGAUCACUAUUCAACCCUCACACAUUGCAACUGUUUCUUUAUGGCGUCCAUUCAGACUGCAACCAAACACUGGUUGUUGGUAGUAUCAGUAUUAGAACGAGGGAGGAAACUUUCUUCCUGACCAGUCAAUAAAAAGUAAUUAGUAAACAAAACAUUGAAAAACAAACUUUCAAAUGCUUUUUAAUACUUUGUCAGUCUAAUUCGCCAAAUCUUUCCGAGUCUUGUGGCAAAAAAGUAAAGACGAAUGUGCUAUAAUCACUUUUAACUGCUUAACUGAGUUACUUUGUGGUGCUCAUUUGGCCGAGCACUAUUAGAGAGCACUAUGUUUGAUUCAUAACACAUAACACAUAACAGCAAACAAGCACUGAAAAGUUUGUAUUUUUAACAUUUUGAUCACAAAGUCACUCCAGACUGUCAACUUUGGUUGAUUUAAAUGAAUAUAUCAUUCUCUACAUGCAACUAUGGCUGUAUAAAUCUGUCUUUUGCCAAAUUUCAGUUUAACUUUUAAUCUUAAAUGUGACAGAAAGACGAGCAUAUUUACAGGAAUUUUCACGUGACAUGACUGCAGCAGCAGCAGCAGUCAAACUUCAGUCCUGUCAGCCACAGCCGAUCUCUGCUGCCUCAUCUGACAUCAUAUCAUCUAAAACAUGGCCGCAGUUUAAAAACACGGAGAAAAAUGAAUCGUCACUGUGUUCGUCUUCAUCAUCAUCAUUAUCAUCACACUGACUUGACAUAAGACUUUGCACUUCUUGUCUUCUCAUGUCUCAUUUCCUCAUCUUCUGAGGAAAGGAAACAUUCAGACUUUUUUUUUUAAUUUCAGGAACUUUUCUGUUAUCAAUCUUUGUUCUUCAUAUUUUUUUUCCUUCAUGUUGAGGAAUCUUAUCGGACAGCUCGAGGACUGGCAUUUUAGACAGCUCUUCACUCAAGACACGCAUUCGUUUGUUUGUUUGUUUGGGACGUUGUUCGGUGUAUAAAGUCCCUCUUUCGCCUUGCAUCAGGGAGUCACGAUUUCUUGAACCUGCCUCCUUGGCGUGAGGUGAUCUGAUUAUUUUAUCCUGACAGUAGAACUUAAUCUAACAUCUUCACAUCCUGGAUGCUUCUGACUGAUUUUAAAGUUAAUUCACAAGGUUUAAAAACAAGUUUGUGCGUGUUAUUGUACACAUACGUGUUUGUUUGAGAGUCACUGCUGUUCACGUUGAGUGAAAAACAAUAUCUGUUGUAUUCCAAGGGAAAAUGAAAAAAAUAAUUGUAUUAACUCCCAGUGUGACCUUGGAGCUGUUGUGAAAGACUUUUUCUCAUUUUCUUUUUCAUUUAUUUCUAUUCUUCAGCAUUUUCUCCUACUUUUUAUUUCUAUUGUAGCAACAUUUGUCAUGAGGACGUACAGCAGGUUGGCAUACAGGGGUGUUAAAUAACUCAGAAUUUAGUUUACUAUAAAUCUCUGAUAAGAAAUCACUGCUUUUAAGUUGUCAUAAACUCUGACGUCUGAGUUUUGAAGUCAUAUGCUUGUGAUUUUUAUAUUUCUGACAUCACCUAAAGGCAGCAAUAGACUGAAGAUGUUCAUAGGAAACAGAGUCUGAUUCAGAUUAGGAGAUUUUAUGAUGUAGAUGGAUACAGUUGUUGCAGAAAUCAUUUGGAAAAUUCUCUUCUAGUUGUGGUGGUUGUUGACAAUUUCUUUUUGUUUGUUUUUCAGUUUGAGUGUUCACAUGUUCAGUUUGCUGCACAGAGAUAUGGCAGGUUCAGGGGGAUUAUGGGUGAUAAACACCAAGGAGAGGAGCCAGUAUCUGUUCCUCUCUGAAACCAAAAGCAUGUUGGUUAUAGGUGAAGGUAGUCCAAUCCAGUUUCCUGAGGGGAGAGCACAGUAAGCAGUUGCUGUGCAGCCACUGUCGAAAAACUCCAGAGAUCUGACUGUAGCUUUAAAGGCUGUUUUAUAUUGAUGAGGCACCAACACUGCCAGCACGUAGUCAGUGCUGAAGGUCUGAUUAGCACAUUAGCAUCACAUCUGCAAAAAAAGAGAAGAAAGUAAACACAAGAACAACCUCAGCUGUGUGUCUGUCCUUGGUCAAAUCUGCAGUUAUAAUGAAGUUUCAUUUCCUGCUGGCAGGUAAAAUGAGGACAGGUGAGGAGAGAAGUCCACUUUGAGGUUUGAUGCAUGCCAACAAGUUUGUCCUCUUCAUUUUUCUUCUACUUAGAGGCUAUGUUGUCUUGUGUGAGAUCAGAUUCAAGAUGAAGAAAGAAAACGCUGAAUUUUGGCUUUAUCUGGUAAAGUUAGUGAACUGGCUGUUGUAGGAGGUGAAGUUCUAUUAUCAGAACAUCAGUAGCUGGUUAAUUGUAUUAAUUGUGGGAUAUUGUAGCCAUUAAAGGCAGAUAAGACAAAAGAAAAUGUGCUUUUCUUAGUGUAUCGAUGUACAUUUACCUGCCAGAAUCAAAGUUAACUGCAGUCUUUUGUCUGUCAGUGGACAGCAGAUGUGACGGUUUGAAAUCAAAGUUUUGAAUGAGACUACAAGUUGAACUUUUUGUGUUUGUGAACAAAGUGAGGGAGGGUGCAGUGUGUGGUAAAGGAGGUUGUUUGAUGUAAAAAGAUGUUAUUUGCACAGCAUUCACGGAAUGCAGCCCUUUUGUGUUUUUUUCAUUUGUAUUUCUAAAAAUGAAGCACUACUUCUAUACAAAUAUAAAUAUAUACUGUACAUAAAAAACACCCGAAGGAAUGAAUGUCAGAAAUGUUUAAAUUAUUUCAAACAUUACGUUUGGCCCCCUUUGGUUCAUCAUAUUUGUGAUGCCUUGAGAAUGUGUUUUUUUUUUAAUCAUAAAUAUUACUAUUACCAUCAUAACAAUUAUUUUGUGUGAUAAUGACGAUAAUAAUAAUCCUUUUGUAUCUACUCACUAACUGUAAAACCAGCUGUAGAAAUUAGUCUGGCACUGUGUGUGGCUAAUCAAACAUGAACUUGCUCCGUUUUCUGAUUUAUUUUGUCGCUCUGUGUAAUAUAAGCUAAAAUAGAAGCAGUACUGUAGUGAGCUUGCAUGGCAAACAAGAACAUAAUAGUACAAAAAACAUGAUGUAUUGUUUCUGUUAUUUGUGCCAUGAAGCAGCAGCAAUAAUAAAACUUUGCGUGGAGGUUUUACAGUAUGGGGUCAUUGGUAAUGAUGGGUUGGAUUGACUGUGUGUGAAUAUUUGAGGUACAAUUUCUCUUUUUUUUUUUUUUUGAGUCUAGUUUAACUGUUUUCAGCCAGACACACACUGCUUAAAUGUUGUGUUUUUACCACUGUUGUCAGCAUAAUGUUCAUGUUGGCGCUGCUGAAAAACCAAAAUAUGAAUAAAUCUGUUGAACACAAAGGUGAACAGGGAUUGAAAAGCCAAUGACAGAUGUGUCGCAUCUGAAAACAUUCCAGUUUUUAUCAUCAUUUAAAAAGUGGAAAGAAUACAUCGUAGGUCUCUGAAGGGCUUUUCUUCAAGUUUUUUUUCUUUACGUUUUUUUGAGUGUGAAAAGGUGAGCAGUUGAUUUAUUUGGCGCCUCCGUUUUCUUAAAAGUUUUUGUUUUACAUUGUGCCUGCAACAGAGUGGUAAAAUGUUCACAUGUGGUUCACACAUUGUAAACUGUAAAUGUAUUCUGUCUCUGUCAGUGUACAGUAUGUUUCAUCAUACAGUUACCUACCCAACAACAUGCAUGGUUGUUUUACACACCUGGGAUUCACAGCAAGAAGUCACUGUCAAAGACGUCUCACAGGUCAGUCUCCUCCUGGAAAAAAUGAUCAGUUUUUUUGGUCAAAAAAUUUAAAUAUACAUCUUACAUUUCUGUAAAGGGAUUUUUGAGUAAGUAGAGGCCUUAAAUUCUAAAGAACAGUUUGUCUUUUUCUAAUAGACUUGUUCAAGAAAGGUGGAAAAUUAGCUGAGCUGAGGAAACAGAAUAAUGCUGUCAGUGUUUAGAUUUCUGUUCUAUUCACAGACUCCAGUUACUAUUGAAUUUAUGUGCUUCACAACAUCUUUGACACUGAGUUUUACUGUUAAUUCCUUUGACCAGAGAGGAUUUCAGGCGGGACAGAUUGUAAACUGUUCCCUCCUUCUUCCUCCAGGUGAUCUGUGUUCUAUCACAUCAAUAUAUUGUAUGUAUCUGUAAAUGUUUUCAUACUUUGUGAAUGCUCUUUUUCUGUUAUUUCUUCAUUAACAACAAAGGAUGAGAAAAUACAAUCAGUAACAAACAUUUACACAUGAAAAUAAAAUUUACAAGCUUGCCACAUCA